AUGGUGAAGCUUGGGUGGUUUGUGACGAAACUUUCGCGUGAAACUGUCACGAUUGAGCUGAAGAAUAAUACUAUUGUUACUGGAACAAUUGUGGAGGCUGACACUGCAAUGAACAUUCAUCUGCGUAGUGUGCAAAUGUCGGUUAAUGCUUAUAAGAAGUACGAAUUGGAUUCUAUUUCAAUUCGAGGGAAUAACAUUCGCACCAUUAUCUUGCCGGAUUCUUUGCCAUUGGACGUUUUACUGAUUGAUGAUGAGCCGCGAUUCAAGUCACAGCAGCGUCGUAUGUCUGGACGUGGUCGUGGAGCUGCUCCGCGUGGUUAUGGGAGGCCGUCAAAUCGUGGUGGUGGCUCUGGUAAUGGUGGGGCUCGUUCAUACAGCAGUGGUAGAUCUUCGACUUAUAGCAGUGGUGGUGGAUCUCGUUAUAGCAAUGGUGGUGGUGGUGGUGGAGGGGAUAAUUAUCGUCGGCGCUAA